GGGUGACGAGUCCCAACACCGCACCACAGUUCACAACACGAGGCACCACCAGCACCAGCCACCAAUCCAAACCCCCAAAGGCCAAGGCCGAAACUCCUUUCCCCACGCCCUGACCUCACUCAGAUUCUCUUUUCCCGAGAAAAAAAACCUACCCUCCCUCUUUUUUCUCUCACCAAACCCUCCCUCACCCAUCCGUGUCUGUUCGUUUCUCUGUAUAACGGAUUCUCCGCCGGGAAACCUGAAUUUUCCGGCAAACUCAACCCCUAACCGAAAUGGUCUCCCCUGAAAAUACCAACUGGCUCUACGAUUAUGACUUGAUCGACGAUAUCCCUGUCCCUGAUGGGAAUUUCUCUGCUUCCAACCCGGGAUUCUCCUGGCCCGCACAGGCCCUGAAUGGUUCUCCUAACGUCAGUGUGGAGAUUGAUGGCUCAUUGGGGGAUUCAGAUGGCAUCAAGGACUGUGGCCCAAAGAAAAGGGGCAGAUCUGAAUUGUGCUGUGCAUCUAGUUCCAAAGCUUCUCGGGAGAAGUUGAGGAGGGAUAGACUGAAUGACAAGUUUGUGGAAUUGGGCUCCAUUAUGGAGCCCGGGAGGCCUCCAAAAACGGACAAGGCUGCUAUUUUAAUUGACGCUGUCCGAAUGGUGACUCAGUUACGGGGUGAAGCCCAGAAGUUGAAGGACACAAAUUCAAGUCUCCAGGAGAAGAUUAAAGAGUUGAAGGCUGAGAAAAAUGAGCUUCGCGAUGAGAAGCAGAGGCUGAAGGCAGAGAAAGAGAAGUUGGAGCAGCAACUGAAAGGCAUGAAUGCGCAACCUGGUUACUUGCCAGCUCCUCCUCCAAUGCCUGCUGCAUUUGCUGCUCAGGGCCAGGCCCCUGGCAGCAAGUUGGUGCCUUUCAUUAGUUACCCAGGAGUCGCAAUGUGGCAAUUCAUGCCACCUGCUGCAGUGGAUACCUCACAGGAUCAUGUACUCCGACCACCGGUUGCUUAGGUUGGUAGUCCAUGAUGAUUUGGACUCAAUGCCCAAACAAGUGUAUUCGAUUUGUCAUUCCUAUUGCCUGUAGUAGUUUUUGCUCAAUUCUCAUAAGCUGUAACUGGAUUUUAUGGGAAACUUUAUUUUCUAUCGAAGGAACAUUUAUGAAUU